UGCGCUCCCUGCUGCUUUCUGAAAGCACAUCCAAUUUAGUGAAAAGGAUUUGGGCUUACUGGGUUGCUUGUGGCAACCGUUUCUUGUUAGUCCGGAUCCACAGCUCUCGAGUUGCCGACGCUAUGGAAAGUUGAUGCUGUCUUGUUGAACUUCUCUAUGCUUUAGCUUUAAUAUUUUUAGUCCUUAAUUGCCUUUUUUUUUCGUUCGUAUUGGGUAUGUCAAUAAUGGGAGGAUUGUCCCGAGCUCCCAGCCAUACUUCACUCCGCCUGCAGCACAUCCCGCACCCGCUGUCCCGCCUCGGGGAUCCGGACACGAUCACCGUGCGGGGCUUCUCGCGGGCCGGCGACAGGCCACCGGGCGAGCUGCCUCUCAGGUGGGAGCGGCCGGCGGCCAGCGCACGGAGCUGCGGCAGGGAGCUGAGGGAGAGGGAGACCGAGGCGAGGCAAGCUUGCCGCGGGCCGGCAGCUCUGCAACACAUCCCCGAGGGGGUGGAGGUGUCGUUCGGCACGGACCCUGACAGACCGCGGCUGCCCAUCAUCGGUCAACGUACAGACCUUGAAAGCCGUGCCGAGAGCAGAAUGAGCAAGUGUAGCAGGAUUAGUAAUUCAUCCCGCCCUGGGACACAGCUCAGGAUUGAGAUUGAUGAGCUGGAGCAUCAGUUGCGUGAAAAAAUAAUAUCUAGUGGCUACUUCGCUGUCAAACAGCUUUUCAAAUGUAAUGAUCCUGAGGGAAGAGAGCAGCUUAACAGGGAAGUUCUACUUAUGGUACUGUCAAAAUUUCUGGGACGAUUUAUCUCUCCAAGGCAGUUCCACCAACUUCUUUUGCGGUUGAAACUGAAUGAAAAGGCGAUUAUUAAAUGUGAUGAAUUUUAUGCAGCUGCCAAGGACCCGAUCCCCACAGGAGCCACCUCAUGGCUCGAUCCAAUAAGUCGACCUAGCGAUAAGGUUCUGGUGACUGCAUCACAGGUGCACUCUCAGCUGAAGGAGAAAGUAAGACAGAGGAUUUUGGAUCUGACUGAAAUUCUGCCUCAGAAGAACACCGAAGGACCUAUUAGGAUCAUUGUUCACGAGUUCCGGAACAUGUUGAAGCAGCUAGGAUUUCACAUGGAAGAUGAAGAAUUUGAAAAGUUGUGGAAGAGAUAUGACAUUGAUGGUCUUGGUGUCAUUAAAGAAGAUGUUCUAAUGAGGAAACUUGGAAAUGACUACAGGAAUGGGAUGAUGCACAAUAAUGAAGGCUCUGCUCGAAAGUCAUAUGAUCAAAUGAGUUUUGAAGACACAAAAGUAUUCUCCGCAGGACCAACAAGGACACUGAGCAAAGUAGAGCAGGAGAGAAAAGCAUCUCUUGAUAUUGAAAAAUGGCUGAAGGACAAAUUCAGAGAAGGUUAUAACCUUAUGAAAGAAGAGUUUGAAAAGUAUGACACUGAAAGGACAGGCAAGGUACUACACAGAGACUUCCUGUCUGUCCUGGGAACCUUUGGACUGCAUUUGAAAAUUGAACAUUUAAGCCUUUUCCUGGCACGAUGUAAUCUUGAAAACAGCAAAGCCGGGAUAAAGUACAUUGACUUUCUCAGAAACUUCCAAGACCGAAGUGAGAAGGGGAUGCCACAUAAAAUUCUCAGCAACCCAAAACACAGAUUUAACAAUGAGGGAAGUGUCAGUCUGUGCUCCACAAUGACUGCGAUUGAAGCAAAACUGACAAGAUUAUUCCAGUCAGACUUCCUUGCACUUUUAGCCACCUUUCAUAAAAUCGAUAAACUGGAAAUGAAUGUUGUCAGCCAACAGGAGUUCCGAGCUGCCAUAGAGAGCAGGUUUGGUGUGGAGAUUACUGAUGAAGAGUUUGAGCUGCUCAUUGACAGAAUUCCCCUUGAUGAAGACGGAAAUGUCUGCUACCCGCAAUUCAUGGCCAUGUUUGACUCUAGGAAAGGAGUUUCCAGUCUUUUUGAUGAGAAGUCAGUAAUCUUAUCCGGACAAAAGGGACUACAAGAGAAACAGAGCUCAGGUCAACUGGAUGAAGACAAGAGAUACGGUAGAACUCCUGAGCAGCUCUUCAAGGUUAUUAAAACUCUGUUGUAUAAACAGUAUCAAGAAGUUGAGAGAGAAUUUGAACAAUUGGAUGAAAUUAAUUCAAAGCGGCUCAACCACGAAACCAUGUACCGGCUUCUAAAACGCUUUGAUAUUUGGCCAGAAGUAACCCGGGGCGAGAUUCGCCAGCUCUGGAAAACUCUCAUCACGAACCAAGACAAAACCCUGGAUUUCUUGGAGUUUGUGAGACACUUCGGCCACUCUCCUAAAUCCGCCUGCUUCCCCAACGCCAAAAUCAGCCCCCCAAGGAAGGGAGACGGCGACCUCAGAAUGCGCUCGAAGAACCUGAACUGCGCCACCGACAUCCUGGUGGACAACGUCCGCGCAAAAGUUGACUACCUGUGGGACGAUCUCAGGAAAGAAUUUCAGGAGCUUGACCCUUACCGCACCGGGUUUAUCAGCAAAGAGGAGUUUAAGGAUAUCUUGACCGAGUUGUGUAUAAAUUUAAAUGAAUACGAGUGUGAAAUGCUGGCGAAGAAAUUCGAAGUCAAUGGAGAUGGCCGGAUUUCCUACAUAGACUUCCUGAAACCUUUUGCAAUGCGCAGGCAGCAGUGGCGAGAGGGGAGUAACAUGUUGGCUGUACUGCAGCAUCCGAACAGUCAUUUCACAGAUCAACACGGCACAGGGCUGAACACCAUCACAGCAAGGCUGCGGAAAAAGCUUCAAGGUGAAUGGAAGUCCUUACGCAGAGCCUUUAAGAAGUUAGAUAGUACCAGCAGUGGUUACCUCUCCUUGCCAGAGUUUCGUGCUGUACUCAAGCUCUGCGAUCUGCUCCUGAAUGAGGAUGAAGUCUAUCACAUCAUGACAAAAUUUGAUGAAAACAUGGAAGGCAAAGUCAACUACAAAAAGUUUCUGGAAGAGACCCUCAAUAAAGAGAAGAACUGUGCAGAAAACGAGACCUUAAAAUGAUAAAUAAUUCACUCCUUUUUGACAAUAUGCAAUUUCUCUGUUUUUCAAAUUAUAACCUUAACUCAAUUCUGAUCAGUUUGCUUUGGGCAGAACUGCAAUGGGUUGGAGGAUGGUGGUGAGGAGAGAAAUUGACCCAGGAAUAACAGUGCUUUUGAGAGUGAAAGAUGAUAUAGAGAAAUAAUUAACUUGGAUUUUUCUCACACUUUGGAAUCUCCUGAAUUCCUUCAUAGCUGUUUUAGAAAUGACACCAUUUUGUACAGGUACCUGAUCAGGUAAUUAAUAUGUUUCAAUCAAAUCACCUCAAAUAUCACAAAUUCUUUACAAACUUUACUUCUGUUUCUUCUGAAGGAUUGAAUUUAACAAUCUUUUGUACACCACAAAUCCAUUGAAUUAUUCUGUUUUAGGUCAACAAGGUCAAAACUUGGUUUCAAGUGUUUCAUAGCAAACAAGUGGAUUUUCAAAACUUGCAGAGUAAGAUUAUUUGAAAUUCAGUUUCUGUAGUGACAUGGAGGACAGAAAGAUUGACCGGUAUAAAUCCAGAUCUAAACUGAUAGAUAAUAAAACUAUGUAGUUAUGUGAGUCAAGAUCUGUCAUUGUUAUUGUUGCAUAAAAUAGUUCCUAAUUUUUUUUUUGCAAGAUAGAUCUGCUAUACUUCCAAUAUAAAAUAAAUGAAUAUUUAUAGAACUUGUGCAUCUUCCUCCUGAAUAAAUAAUGAGUUAGGAUGUAAUGUAAAGGAUAGUAAUUUUGGGACAUGACGAACACAAAAGGCUGAGUAACGAUAAUCUUGGGAUCUGCCCCAAACCCAACAGUGACAGCUCUGAGUCAAUGAUCCUGAGUCCACUCUACACGAUGCCCAUGAAGAAAGAUUACAGUAGGAUGGGUGUCGAGUCUUCACAAGCUUUCCCAGUGAUUUGGAUGAUGGGAUUGUGUAACAGAUAUGAGAUUGCUGAGGAAACAAGGCUGGAUAACAACAUAAGUUAUGACGAUGAUAUGGAAAAACUUCAAGUACCUGAAGGUACCUAAUAAUAAAAAAAUUAUUAGGUACCUCCCGCACCCAAUAAAGUGGCCGGUGAGUGUAAGUUUGUGGUCUUCUGCUGCUGUGGCCCAUCCACUUCAAGGUUCAACCUGCUGUGUGUUCAGAGAUGUUCUGCAUGCCACUGUUGUAAUGCAAGGUUAUUUGAGUUGCUGGGAUGAGUCUGGCCAUUCUCCUCUGAUAUUUCUCAUUAAUAAAG